CAACAGCUUCCACCAUGAACACUAAGGUCGUUAUCCUCCUGGGCCUGGUUGCCGUCGCUGUAGCUGACAGCAGAGAGUCUUAUGAAUAUCUGCCUGCAAGGCUUUCCUCUGAGGAAUCUGCUGAGUCCUACGAGUCAGGUGAGGCCAAGUACAGCUUCAACUGGGCUGUGAGUGAUGACUCUUCAAGCAACGAGUUCGGACACCAGGAGGCCCGUGACGGCGACCACACUCAGGGAUCCUACUACGUGCAGCUUCCCGACGGCCGCCUGCAGACCGUCAAGUACUUCGUGGACGGCGACUCCGGCUACGUGGCUGAAGUCAGCUAUGAGGGAGAAGCCAGUUACCCCGAUUCCCACGAGUCCUUUGAGGCCGAGUCCGCUGAGUCAGCUGAGUCAGUUGAGUCCCGCGAAUACAGACCACCCAGACCUCAGUACGUCUAUGACUCCAACGAGUCCAAGUAAAUGUCUUGUCUGACUGUUAUUCAUUGUUCUCUAUUUAUCUACAUUAUUUAUGCCUGUGAAUCCUGAUAAUUAUUUAGGCCUGUUACUUCAUUUUUGAGUUAU